UGUUCACGGGCACAGAGUAAUGGCAAGAAUGAGCAGUAGUUCCUGUGUGUGGCUGCCUGUGUUGGUCCUGCAGUGCUGCUUCCAGCUCAGUGCUUCUCUCAGCUACUUGAGUGCUUAUGUGAAGCUCAGAUACUCGGACAGAUGGACAAAUGAAACAGUGGCCAGUAUCUGUGAGUGUGGUGUGUUUGGAGCACACUCGCUCCAGAAAUCUGCUUCUGGGGGGAUUGUGCUUCCUAAUGCAGAUCCACUGGCAUGUUCCAUGAAUAUCACAUUCACUGCCUCUCACGAGCCAUGGAUCGCCCUCAUCAAAAAAGGGAAUUGUUCUUAUUCACAGAAGAUCCUGGCUGCCUGGCGAAACGGAGCCUCCGCUGUGGUUAUUUACAACAUAGAUGGGACGGGCAAUGAUACUAACAUUAUGUCUCAUCCAGAUGCUGAUGAUGCAGUUGCCAUCAUGAUUGGCAACAUUCAGGGCACAGAAAUCACCAACCUGAUCAAGAGUGGCACAGAUGUAUAUAUGGCAAUAGCAGUAGGCAAAUCUUACAGCUUGUGGUCUGCCGCUAAAUGGGCAUACGCUCUGUCUUUCACCUUCAUCGGAAUCACGGCGAUCACCCUGUUCUAUUUCGCUUUCCUGUUUUUUAAGCGAAUGUACAGAAACCAACAACUUCGAAUGCAGCUGAGAGAGAUUAAACGAGUGGCCGAAAGCGCAAUAGCACAGUUAGAAGUUCGGACUCUGCGGAGAGGUGACCCGGAAGUGGACUCAGAGGAAACGAGCUGUGCUAUAUGUACUGACUCAUUUCAACACAAUGAAAAGGUCACAGUGCUUCCCUGCAGGCAUCUCUACCAUAAGAAGUGUAUUGAGCCGUGGCUUCUGGAACACCCAACCUGCCCCAUCUGUAAAUACAACAUCCUCAAAUCUAAGAUGGAUGAAGAGAGCAGUGAGCAGCAUUCAUCAUCUUCAUCGUUAGACGUGAGCUUUUGUCCCCCUGUAGUGAUGACAGUCACGUCAACACAUCAACACCACACAUCAGAUGUCCAGACCUCAGAGAAUCAUGUGUACUGUGGGAUGGAUGUUCAGACACAGCAUAUUUAUGAGAAUCCAGCAUUUGAAGAAGAACCACAGACCCUGGAACAUCCCAACAUCAACAAUCAAAUAACAACAAAUGGAGAAGUUUAGCAGAAUGUCCAAGCUGUUCUCUUCCAUAAAAUGAAAGUGGGAAGGGACCAGGACGUCACACUCCAAAAACUACAAACAACACCAUACAAAUAUCAUAUCAGCUGUCAAUAUGAUUCUAUUCUGAAUACUACAGUUUAUUCCAAGUCUUCUGAAGCCAUACAAUAGUGAGGAACAGACUGAGAUUUAAGUCAUUAUUCACUGAAAAUCUUUCCUUGGAAAUCUUGUAUGGCAGCUUGUAUUGUAUUGUUUAGCUGAAUGCUCACGCUGCUCAAUUCAUCUCCUUUUCUGUAAAAUAGAAGUUAAAAGGCGUUGAAAUGUAUGUGGCUUCAAUAUCAUGAACAAAAAAUUAUGUGUGAAAUUGUUUUUGAAAAAUAUGAAAAUGGAAUGUUUAAAAUAUGACAACAGAUUGUUGAGGCAUGCAGCUGCUGGAGUCUUUCCCUUCUUGUAAGAAGUCUGAGGUUUGAUAUUAAUUGUCUCAAUAACAGAUUUCUGAACAGGGGCUAGCUGGUCUAGCUUUCCCAGAUUGCACUGUUUUAGUUACUAUAUGAAGAAUUAAAAAAGACACCAUUAAUAAUUAUAAAGAUUUGACUUAAAUACCAGUGCUAUUUAAUUAAGAGUUUAGUCUUUCUAUAUCCUCUGAAACAAUGAUAUAAUGUGCAAACAGAACAGUUUAAUGCGGUUAUUCAGAUUCCAUUAUAAUAAUAACAACAGUAAUCCAUCCAUUUGAAAUAUGGUGUGUAUAAUUGUACUGCUACAGCAGAUUUAGCAUUUUUAUCAUCACACUCCAUCUUUCAUCAUCCACAUCACCGUUGCAUAUUUAUUGAUUCAGAUAUACUUUAUAUGUAUAACCAACUAUGAGAUUGAUGUUUUACUGAAUGUAAAAUAGUCAGAAUGUAUUAGUUGCAUUGACUUAUGCACGUUUUCCAUGCCAAAACAACAUUAAACAUAGUUGAAUAUGUAUCAGUCACACAUUUUUUUGUGUGUGGAUACACAAAUUAUAAUGUGAUUUUUUUUUAAUAUAUAAUGAAUAAAUCAUUGUUA